AUGCUUGAAGGAAAGUUUGAAGAAGCCACUUUAUUGAAGAAAAUUGUGGAAGCCAUUAAAGACUGUGUUAAGUUAUGUAACUUCAACUGUACAGAACAUGGGUUGACUGUGCAAGCAGUUGAUGACUCUAGAGUGUUGUUGGUCAGUCUUUUGGUUGGUCAAAGUGCUUUCAGCGAGUACAGAUGUGAUAGGGAUAUAACCUUGGGUAUUGAUUUGGAGAGUUUCAGUAAAAUCAUCAAGUGUGGUAAUAAUGAAGAUUACGUUACAUUGUUGGCAGAAGACAAGCCUGAUGCAGUUCUCACAGUAUUUGAAGACAAGAAGAAGGAUAGAAUCAGUGAAUAUUCAUUGAAGUUGAUGGACAUUGAUAGUGAAUUUUUGAAGAUCGAUGAUAUGGAAUAUGAUUGUGUGGUUACCAUGCCAUCUCAAGAAUUUGCAAAGAUCGUUAGAGAUUUGAAAAACUUGAGUGAAUCUUUGAACAUAGUUGUAACAAAGGAAUCAGUCAAGUUCUCAAGUGAAGGUGAAAGUGGUUCUGGUUCUGUUGUAUUGAAACCUUAUACUGACAUGGACAAGCCAGAGGACUCUUUGAGUGUAAACUUGGAGUCUCCAGUUGAUUUGACUUUUGGUUUGAAAUACUUGGGUGAUAUCAUUAAGGCUACCAACUUGAGUGGUACCAUCACCAUCAAAUUAGCAGACAAGACCCCUGCUUUAUUCGAAUAUAAGUUGGAUGUUGGUGGGUACUUGAGAUUCUAUUUGGCACCUAAAUUCGAUGAAGAUGACUAA